CCCAACUUACUGUCCCCAUCAGCACGUCAUGAGUAAACAAAUAACAAUAACGUCAUGAGAUAAUAAACAUUUUCAGAUCAGUACAAAAAUUAAAAGCAUAUGGAAAACUUAAAACCAAGAUACGUAGAUACCUAACAUUUAGUAACAGAAAAAGAGUACCUAAUUGAAAAACAAACAAUAAAGAAGACAUAAUUCAAUAUGGAACCACGAGGAACAAAUACUGAUGAUUGGGCGGUAAAUUCAAAAACUAAAACUGGAGAAAAAAAUAACAAAAUUGACACCGAAAUAAAAAUUGAAGUAUUCAAUUAUUGACGGAUAUGAAUUUAAAGGAACAAUUUUAAACAAUAGCAACUCUUCAGAAUUUAUUACUUAUAUGAAUUUGGACGAGACAUCUAACUGCUUAAGGGAAAAACCACUGACUGAUACCUGUGAGAAAAUGUAUACAGCAACCAAUUUAACGGCAUAUAACGAAGAAAAGCCGUAUAAAUGUGAUAUAUGUGAAAAAAAGAUUUCUACAGCAUCAAAUUUAACAAAGCAUUUAAGGACACAUACCGGAGAAAAGCCGUAUAAAUGUAAUAUAUGUGAUCAAGCCUUUUCUCAAGCACAUUAUUUAACUGUGCAUACAAGGACACAUAAUGGAGAAAAGCCGUACAAAUGUAAUUUCUGUGAUAAAAGGUUUUCUACAUCAUCAGCAUUAACAAAGCAUACAAGGACACAUACCGGAGACAAGCCUUAUAAGUGUGAUAUCUGUGAUCAAGCUUUUUCUCAGAAAACAAAUUUAAAAAAACAUACGAGGACACAUACUGGAGAAAAGCCGUAUGAAUGUGAUAUCUGUGAAAAAAAGAUUUCUACAGCAUCAGAUUUAACAAAGCAUUUAAGGACGCAUACCGGAGAAAAGCCGUAUAAAUGUAAUAUAUGUGAUCAAGCCUUUUCUCAAGCACAUUAUUUAACUGUGCAUACAAGGACACAUAAUAGAGAAAAGCCGUACAAAUGUAAUUUAUGUGAUAAAAGGUUUUCUACAUCAUCAGCAUUAACAAAGCAUACAAGGACACAUACCGGAGACAAGCCUUAUAAGUGUGAUAUCUGUGAUCAAGCUUUUUCUCAGAAAACAAAUUUAAAAAAACAUACGAGGAAACAUACUGGAGAAAAGCCGUAUGAAUGUGAUAUCUGUGAUCAAAGUUUUUCCCAACCACAUACUUUAAAAACCCAUAAAAGGUCACAUACCGGUGAAAUUGCGUAUAAAUGUGAAAUCUGUGAUCGUGCCUUUUCUCAAGCAUAUAAUUUAAGAAGGCAUACAAUGACACAUACCGGAGAAAAACCUUAUAAAUGUGAUAUCUGUGAUAAGGGGUUUUGUACAUCAUUAGAUUUAACAAGGCAUACAAUGACACAUACCGGAGAAACGCCAUAUAGAUGUGAUAUCUGUGAUAAGGGGUUUUGUACAUCAUUAGAAUUAACAAGGCAUACAAGGAUACAUACCGGUGUUAAGCCGUAUAAAUGUGAUAUAUGUGAUCAAUCUUUUUCUCAAGCACAUCAUUUAACGGGGCAUACAAGGACACAUACCGGAGAAAAGCCUUAUAAAUGUGAUAUCUGUGAUCAAGCUUUUUCUCAGAAAACAAAUUUAAAUACUCAUAAAAGGACACAUACCGGUAUAGAGCCGUAUAAAUAUGUUAUCUGUGAUUUAGCGUUUUCUAAAGCAUCAAAUUAAAAAAUUAAACGAGGAUACCUACCAAUAAAUUCUAUAAAAUGCAAUGUAUUCAAGGCAUAAUAUUAUAACAAUUAUAUUCUAAAUAUACAAAUUAUUUUAUAAUUUAAAUAAUAAUAAUAUCUGUAUUACCAAUAUAUAUUAUAAGUACACUACAAAACAUAAAAUAUAUUGAUUGCUUAUUGGUACCGCUAUCCAUUCCCCCUAGCAAUGGUUUCGCCGAGAGAUGUUAUCUGUAUCCAUAGAACUGGAAUUUUUAAACAUGAAUGUUGUGAACACUUCUAUGAUAAAAUAAAAUAGACGCUUCUAUCGUGCAUGCCAAUAUAUUUAAAACUGAUGUAUGCCUCGUUUCUUGUAAUAUUUCAUGCGCCAAGACCAAAUUACAAAUUUUUUUCAAACUCUCUUGUUAUGCGACAAUAUAUUAUCUCGGGUGAAUGUAAACUCCGUUAUUGAUGAAAAUUAAGUGACAAUAUGAAAUAAAUAUACUAUAUUAUUGUUAUUAAGAAAAAAAAUCAAUUUUUAUAAUAAUAAUUAUUGUCCUCAUUAAAUAUUAGCAAUAUAUGUGUAUAUGCCAAAAAAUAUAUAAUACUUAAAACUAAAAUUAAGAAUUGUCAAAGAAAACCAUACAAUUGUAAUUUUUAAUGUGUAUUACUUCAAAACAUCGUAAUAAAUAAUUGUAAUAAUCAUAAAAUAUUUUGUAAAUAUGGUAUGUUAUGUGUUAUGUUAUGUAAUGUUAGAAUAUUUUAAACUAUGAACUAAAAUGAUGUGUUGCAAUUUGUAAAUAUUCUAACAGUUAAGUUAAUAUAAAUCCAUUAUUUUAACUAUUUAGUGUUCUCUAAAAUGGAAUGCCAUUAUAAAUUUAAAUAAAAAACAAAUUAGCUUAUGCACAUUGAGUAG